AAUCCUAUUAAUUCAACUCUUAACGUAAAUUUCAUUUUGGGUGAAAAUAACUGUAACGUAUUUUCAAAUUUAAGAAUAACUUUAGCUUAUGAAUAACUUACCAUUCGAAGAACUUAGGGAGAUUAAAAGACAAAAGUACAGCAGUUUUGAAAACUUUUCAGCCCUUCCCAUAAGCACGUGUCAUGACACAAGCGACAAACCUUUCUCACAUUCGAUGAUCGACUCUGGCAAACCAACUUCCGCUAUUGAUUAGAUCAGAAAGGGACAGGCAACAUUAGUGAGUACACCAGUUAUACAUGCUUCCUUCAAACUGGAUUGUUCUACGUUGGAAUAAACACCACCCACAAACAGCGGCCCAGGAGAUUUUGAAAUAAUGACUAAUUUCUAAUGCACGCAAGCUACAACUCUAAGAAAACUGUUGUCAUCUUGUCAUUAAAAUGUUCUAAAAUGGUGGUCUGACGAAGUACUAACCACGACUUGCUACAUUAUGACCAGGAUUGUUGAAUUUAAAGGAAUGGAUCAAAUAAAUAAACAAGAUGCUCCUCGGGAAAUCAUCUUUAGUAAAAUCGAACGACUAAUUCGAGAGAUGCAGCAUCCAGAAUCAGGCGUUCCUGUGAGAAGUCAGAAACUAUUUCUCACAUUCAUUCCCUCUGUUUUUAUGGGCUUUGAUCUAGUGGAUUGGCUGAUGAACAGACUCAAUAUCAAAGAUUUAGCUGAAGCCAUUCAUUUGGCCAACCUAAUCUGUCAACAUGGAUAUUUCUUUCCUGUAAAUGACACAAAGCUUACGUUGAAGGAUGACGGCACACUUUACAGAUUUCAGGACCCGCACUUCUGGCCUUCUUACUACCAGCCAGAUGAUAUCCAUUAUGCUAAAGAGCCAAAAGAGGCGUUGGCGUGGUUAAAGAAAGUUCUAAGUCAAAAAUGGGAAUUUAUUUGUAAGCAAGCUGAAGAACAAGUCAAUCUCAUGAAAGAAAGAAAAAAAUCUGAAAAAAGUAUACUAGAUAGUCAAGAGAAAGCCUACUGGCGUGUCCACAGACCACCGCCAGGAAUCUUGAGUUGUUUUGAGAAAGGCCCAUUAGCAAAUAAACAUACAGAAAAAGCCAAAGCCAAACAAGAUCUAAAGAAACAGGUUUCGUUUCUCCAAAAAUACAUUUGUAGACCCAGAACGAAGCUCCAUCAGGUUGUUGAGAGUUUGAUCCAUCGAUGUGAGUUAUAUGCCGAAUUUGAUCCAUUUAUCACGGAUGUACAGCCAACAAAUCCUUGGAUAUCUGAUGACAUCACAUUUUGGGAUCUAAAUAGUGACUUUGUUGAAACGCUGACUGAAAAGCGACUCAGACGUUGGGGAAUUUCCUUGGAAGAACUGUUGACAGAUCCCAUGGGUGAACUGGAAUUCGAAAAGUACCUAAGAAAAGAAUACAGCCAUGAAAACAUGUGUUUUUGGAAGGUAGUCCAAUGUUUGAAGAGUGGUUCUCAAGCUGCUGUUGCAAAUAGAAUCAACAAAAUUUACGAAAAAUACUUGGCACCUGGGGCUCCUUGUGAAGUUAACUUGGACAGUAUGACAUUAGAUAUUACUUACAAGCUUAUGAAAAGCCCAUCUCGAUACACAUUCGACGCCGCUCAAGAACACGUUUUCUUACUGAUGAAAAAGGACACCUAUCGUCGCUUUCUUAAAUCAGAUCAUUACCGGAAUCUCCUCAGCAAUACCCAACAAAUCGAGCAAAAGAAAAAGUUUUUCAAUUUUGGUGUUUCAACACGAAAGAAAGCAGCGCCAUCGGCAGGGGUGGGAAACAGACGAAACAGCGGCUGUCAUCGAACCAGCAGUAACGUGGACAUUACUUUAAAUACUCUUCAAUUGAGUGGCGAACAUCCGUUCACGGGAAAACAUUCUCAAAGCACAAGUGACCUGCAAGAUAUGCAAAAAAUUUCGGCCUUGAAUAGACUUUCUUCGUCAUCAGAAUCACAGGAUCGUGUAAAUAAUGUUGGGCGUAACGCCCUCUUAAUUCCUCGAGGAGCUCAUCGGAUGGGAUAUUUUAGUAGUUCACUGGAUGGAACAAAUAGAAAUAUAACCUUAACAGUUCCUCAACCCACCCAAAAUUUGGUUGCACCAUGGGAGACGGAAAGCUGAGACUUGAAGGAUUUUUUUUUAUUGAUAAACACUAUAAUAUGUAUUACUCCAAUGUGUGUGAUCAGUUCCCUAUAAAUUAUGUGUUCAAAAUGUUUUGUUUACUAUUGUAAUGACACUGAAAAUUGUAAAUGUUUUAUAACUUUUUUUAUCCUUGUAGUCAAAGUGAUUUUCAGGCUUGUAUAUAUAUACAAAUUCAGGUGAAUUAUCUAUUGUUGUUUCUAUUGUCUGGGUAAGAACAUUUAUAGAGAAUAAAAUAAAAUAAAAAUUUA